AUGCAAGCCAACCCCAACCCCUUCCAAAUUAUUCCCAAACAAAUCUUCCCUUCAUUGGUAAAGCUACCUCCGGUGCACCAAUCUCCGUCACCAGUGCCCACCAAACCACCGCGUGCCAUAUCAAUCUCCACACCCAACGAAACCGAUCGCGGUCCAAUUUCCAUUUCAACCGUGGACGUAGUAGAUGACUCCGUGGCUGCAUUUUGGGACUACCAAUUCCUCUUUGUGUCACAGCGCUCCGAACAAACCGAACCUAUCGCGCUCAGAGUCGUGGAUGGUUCGGUUCCAUCGGACUUUCCCUCCGGCACGUACUACUUGACAGGGCCGGGGCUCUUCGCCGACGACCACGGCUCCACGGUGCACCCAUUGGACGGCCACGGCUACCUUAGGGCUUUCAAAUUUGACGGGUUUGGCGAAGAUGUCAAGUUCAUGGCCAAGUACGUGAAAACUGAGGCUCAAGUGGAGGAGCACGACCCUUUGACUGACACGUGGCGGUUCACGCACAGGGGGCCGUUUUCGGUGUUGAAAGGUGGACAGAAAGUUGGGAAUACUAAGGUGAUGAAGAAUGUGGCGAAUACUAGUGUGUUAAGGUGGGGCCAGAGGCUGUUGUGUUUGUGGGAAGGUGGGGAUCCGUAUGAGAUUGAAUCUGAGACGUUGGAUACGAUUGGGAGCAUAGGUCUGAUGGGCGGUUGUGAUUCGGGGGUGGAGAGUAGAGACCGUGGUGGCGGUGUAUGGGAUGUGGCUGCAAGUUUGCUCAAACCAAUUCUGUACGAUGGGCAUUUGGAGAAUAAUAUUAAUUAG